UCAAGCUAAUCUUGUCAGUUGGGUAAAGCAAACAAUGGGUCUAACGGUUCAUCAAACUACUAUUAGCCGUUUAAUAAAGAAUAAAGAAGAAAUUGGAGAAAAUCCCAUGGCAAAAAGACAAAGAAUAGUUCAACACCCAGUUACCAACCGAUUUACUUGUAAUACACAACCAGAUACUGCGCUUGCAACUGUUUGUCUUAAAGGAAAAAAAAUUAAUAAAGAACGGCUAACAUUGGCACUUUGUGCCAAUGCUGACGGGAUAGAUAAAAUGAUAUCAUUUGUUAUUGCAUGGAUGACAGUUUUGUUGUUCCAAAAAUGGCUUAAGAAAUUUGAUUUGAAAAUGGCUGGUCACAACAUAAUUCUCCUAAUAGAUAAUGCAAAAGUUCACUCUGUUGGUAAUUUAAGACUUCGUAAUACAACCAUUAGAUUCUUUCCUCUAUAUACAACAUCUCGCCUACAACCUAUAGAUGCUGGUGUCAUUAUGUUCUUCAAAUGCAACUACCGAAGUUACUUUAUAAAGUGGCUUCUUGAUCAGUAUGAGUCCGAAAAAGAUAAUAAAAUAGAUGUUCUUAUUGCUAUAAAAUUCAUUGUUCGAGGAUGGAGAGAAGAACCUCAACAGGUUGAAAGUGAUGAAGAAGAUAAUAGUGUAGAAACACCCCAAAUAACUCAUAAAGAAGCAUUAGAUGCUAUUCAUCGAUUGGAGUUAUAUCUUAUGCAACAAGACCUUAAUUAUGUGGUUCAAACAGAAAAUGACGUAGCCUUGUCAAAAUUAAACCUUCUUUGA